AUGAAAUUUCUCGCUAUUUUUCUGGUUAUUCUCUCCGUUUUCAACAUGGUGAUGGUGGAGGCCAAUGAGAGCACCCAGAAACCUCGCCAACCACUGAACAGAAGACGUCGUCCAGAUGGUAACCGUAAUUUUGGUUUCAACCUGAAGAAUUCGAAAAUUGGAGCCAAAGGAUUCGAUCCAGUUCCAAGAGUUCCAAGACGCGGCGGGAGACCAAUGAUGAUUGAAUAA